AGUUUAUUAUAAAUACAUUUUUACGUUGAAUAUUUUGUAGAAUUUAAAUCACCUUCACGGAUCUUUCAUGCAUAUUCAUGAGAUUCACAUAAUCUGGCGCCUUUUGCGUCGUUGCGUCACAACUUCACGUCACACGGUGAUUCCUGUCGAGACCGCGCGCUCGCAUUUAGACUUUGUUGAAUGCCGUUGCAGAAAGGUUUUCUUGGUUUGUCGUUACUCGAAAAAGAAUAGUUUGCGAAAUAUAUUUUCGCAUUUGUUUUGACUUACUACGCUGGUUAAUGUCACCGUGGCGUCGUUAGUUUUGUUAAUUUGAAAAGCUGCACCUUAAUGCGCUGGUGAUCAACGAGCUACGCGAAGAGAAAUUAUCUUCAUCAUCGUCAUCUAUCGUUGAAGUUUACUCGAUAAGAAUAGCACAACGGUCUCUCAGGAUGUUAAAUCUUUGUUUUUGUCGCAUGGCGCGAUGAUUUAAUCGUCGAAAAAUCGAGCCUUUGCUUAAAAGGCGUUUGACCACAAGACCUCUUUGAUCGUAUUUUGUUAGCAUUCCACCCUUCGGUUGUUCGGUGACGUUAACUCGUCGUUUGUCUGUAGAUUUAAACGAAAGGCAUCUUGAUUUGUUUCCUUUCGACCUGUUCAAGACAUUUCACCCCUCAACAAAGUGACUCUAUAAGGUCACUAUCAUUGGAAAUCAAAGAGCCAACAAUACGAAGGACCAUACUUUUUGGUAAUACACCACCAUGUUGGGAAUUAUGGAUCAUCAUCAAGACACGGUCCGAAAAUGUACGUCGGAGACUUUGCCUCCGGAAGGUAGGAAGAGGACUGUGGAGGAUUUUAACAAUUUUUGCAGCUUCGUUUUGGCCUAUGCUGGGUACAUCCCACCCCAGAAAGAAGAGAGUUCAUGGUCCCCGUCCUCUUCUCUGUGUUCUGUUGAAGGGACCGUAAAGGACAGCUGGACAGAAAGUCACUCCAACAUCCACAACCUCUACAAAGCUCAGAAUGACAGCAGCAGUACAGAUUUUUGCAAUCGUGAAUCAGACGACUCCUUAGACAAGAUGACACUGAAGGAUUCUCUGAACCAGAUCAGUUUUCACAGCAAAGCUGAAAGAAAGAAAAUGAGGAAACUUAGCCGCUUAUCUUUGGGUGGAGGGAGAAAAAGCUUAUGUGGUGGCUCAGAGGCAAAAGCACAUAAACAAUACAAAGCCGGGCUAAAGAAAACGAAGAGAUCGGUUAAGGCUGAGAGACACACUAUGUACACAAGUCCUUUGAGUGAGGGGCUUCGAAUGGAGGAGGAGCUAGCAGAACGGUCCGUUCACAUGGAGGGGGCGGGUCUUAAACUGGAGUCCAAUCAAGAAACAGACCUGAGUUCCUGUGAAACUGACACAUUGGUGACGGAUGAGGAUAUCAUGGUGGAGUCUGGUGACGAUUCAUGGGAUUUGAUUACGUGUUUUUGCGGAAAACCUUUUGCGGGACGCCCGAUGAUCGAGUGUGACGAGUGCUCCAUAUGGGUCCAUCUGUCCUGCGCUAAGAUUAAGAAGUCCAACGUACCCGAUGUUUUCUACUGCCACAGAUGCAGAGACACUCGGCCCGCCACGGUCAAAAAGGAACAUUGAGAAAUCGUGUAUUGUGUACAGAUCCUUUGUUUGUAAAUGAAUAUAAGAUGUUCUCACCUGUCCCUUUUUACUUGUCUCAUCACUAUAAAUUAUAGUUUCUAUUAAAUUAAAUCUGAUACCCCUCUUA